AUGAACGUACCGAGCACCUCGAAUCGAGGUUACGCCAAGUAUCAAAUUCGGUCUUCAGGUAUGCCUAAAGUGCUGGCAAAUGAUACUGAAGUGUUCUCCCUUGAGGAUUGUGACGAAGUCAAUGAAUCCAAACAUAAUGGAGGUAAUGCCAAUCACGAAGAAGAGAAGAGCAGACUGGUGGAAUGUCGUCUUGACAGCGACGAAGACGAAGAAGAAGACGAGGGAAAAAAGAUGGCGAAUGAUGACGACAAGAAGAAUAUUCGACAAGCCAGCAAUUCUUCUUCGAAUAAUCAAUCAAAAGAGAGAUGCCGCCUCCGUGAUUCGUUUGAUCUUGACAAUGAUUCUUUAUCCGAUGAUCUCGAUCUCCUGCCGCCUGUUCCGGGAGCGCCGAACUCGAACUCGUCGUGGUUCAGCAAACUUCAUAAAUUCAACUGCUGCAAUCCGCGAAUCCCAUCGAAAUGCUUAAUAAUGUGA